AUGGAAAAAACUGAUGACUCUGGCACGGUGGUUGUAGAGAUUGUCGUAAAAAGUGUUAACAUAAUACAGAAGCAUUACAGAGAUGAUAUCGUGAAGGCCGAAGUGAUCAUUCAGGCGAAGUGGAAAGAAAAAAGUAGUUUACAGAGUGGCGAGCCCAAUUGGAAUCCACACGUUCAGAUUUUAAAUUCAUUUGGACGGGUCUGGGUAGCAAGUAUGGGUACCUCUAAAAGGGAUGUUAAAUACAUGGCUAUUAAUGAUAUUAAUAAUGAUGAUAAUAAUAAUAAUAAUGAUAACAAUGAUUAUGAUAGUUUCAAUGAUAGUGAUAAUAAUGAUAAUGAUAAUAAUUCUGGUGAGAGAUACAUUUACGAAAGGAAAAAGUUUCGCGGUAACUUCGCCCAGAAAACUAACUGGAGUAAAUUUCCAUUUGACAGUCAGGUAAUAGUGUUUUCUUUUGGGGCUUACGAAAAAUCUUUGCCAGUGUACAUGAAGGUCAAGGAUAAUGUGAUCCACUUCUCUAGAGCCAUAACUAGCUCUCUGGAAUCAAAUGAAUACAGGAUCGGAAAUAUGAAGUACCACAGCAUCACAACCUGGAGAAAGCAGCAGAUAGAUCUGAGCAUGGUCAUCUUCAGACUGCAGUUUACGAUAUGCUGUUUUUCGAUGAUGCCCUACGCGAUGCACAGCUCAUACAGUGACUAUAGACUGCUUACUGAACAUUUACUGGUUAUGUUGCAGUUCGUGGCCGAAAUUAAGUACAAGUCAAUCAGACCUAGAGGGCUUGGGUUCAGUAUUUUGGACAAAUACCAUACAUUUACAUGGAUAUUCAUCUUCUUCAAUCUGAUUGUCUGCAACACCAUACUGCUAAACCUCAAUGAAGUUGACGUUUCGUUCUUAAACUGGUUCUUCAAGAAUGAUUUUUUGAUCGCAGCAACAAUCAUGGCGAUUUUCAUUUCGUGUAAUUUGUGUUUUCUUGUUUUUGUCAUUUAUUCGAUCGGCAUGCUAGCAUCGAACAAAGACCAAGAUUUAGAAAGCUACUUGAAGACGAAAUAA